GUGUGGUAUCUCUGGAGAAGUGCAAAUUGCAUAAAGCACAUGUGUAGGAUAGUGCAUACAUGUGAAUUUCAAAAUACAAACUUGUCCGUGCUUGCGGUUGUCAACAGGGUAGCGUGAAAUUUUUAUUUUUACAAUUCGAGGUCUUUAAGCAUUUGCAAAAUGUCAGACGGCGAAGAUGAUUUCAUGUGCGAGGAAGAGGAAGAUUAUGGUCUUGAAUACUCUGAGGACUCAAAUUCUGAACCCGAUGUUGAUUUAGAAAAUCAAUAUUAUAAUAGUAAAGCUUUAAAAGAGGGUGAUCCAAAGGCAGCUUUACAAAGUUUUCAAAAAGUGCUGGAUCUGGAGGGUGGUGAGAAGGGUGAAUGGGGCUUCAAAGCUCUGAAGCAAAUGAUAAAAAUUAAUUUUAAAUUGGGUAAUUAUAAGGAAAUGAUGGCUAGGUAUAAGCAAUUACUAACUUAUAUUAAAAGUGCAGUUACUAGAAACCAUUCAGAAAAAUCUAUAAAUUCCAUAUUAGAUUAUAUCAGUACAUCGAAAAAUAUGGAAUUAUUACAAGAUUUUUAUGAAACUACUUUAGAUGCAUUAAAGGAUGCUAAAAAUGAUAGGUUAUGGUUUAAGACUAAUACAAAGUUGGGAAAACUAUACUUUGAUCGAUCAGACUUUAAUAAAUUAGCAAAAAUUUUAAAACAACUUCAUCAAAGUUGCCAGACUGAUGAUGGGGAGGAUGAUCUUAAAAAAGGAACACAGCUUUUGGAGAUUUAUGCAUUAGAAAUCCAAAUGUAUACUGCACAAAAAAAUAAUAAGAAAUUAAAAACCUUAUACGAACAGAGUUUACACAUUAAAAGUGCUAUACCACAUCCAUUAAUAAUGGGAGUUAUUAGAGAGUGUGGAGGAAAAAUGCAUUUAAGAGAAGGUGAAUUUGAAAGAGCACACACUGAUUUCUUUGAGGCUUUUAAAAAUUACGAUGAGUCUGGGUCACCAAGACGUACCACCUGUUUGAAGUAUUUAGUUUUAGCAAAUAUGCUGAUGAAAUCUGGUAUCAAUCCAUUUGACUCCCAAGAGGCAAAGCCGUACAAAAAUGAUCCAGAGAUCUUGGCAAUGACAAAUUUAGUAGUCAGCUACCAAAAUAACGAUAUUAACCAAUUUGAAUUAAUUUUAAAACAAAAUAGAAAUAACAUAAUGGAUGAUCCUUUUAUAAGAGAGCAUAUUGAAGAUUUACUACGUAAUAUACGCACACAGGUUCUGAUUAAAUUAAUUAAACCAUAUACCAGGAUUUAUAUACCUUUUAUAAGCAAAGAGUUAAACAUCGACGUAUCGGAGGUCGAAAGUCUCUUAGUGUCUUGCAUCUUGGAUAGUACCAUUCGUGGUCGCAUUGAUCAGGUGAACCAAGUACUUGAAUUGGAUAAGAAAUCGGUAUGCGCAGCGCGUUAUAAUGCCCUCGAUAAAUGGACGAGUCAGUUGCACUCUUUACAUUUAGCCAUAGUGAACAAAAUGUCGUAA